CCUUUCGACAUGAUGUUUGGACUAUUUGUGACUUUUUGUCUCUCGGCUGUUGCCUUGACUAAUGCUUCGUGUGGCGUUAAGCCUCCCUCCUCGCGUAUUGUUGGAGGAGGGGUUGCUAAGCCACAUUCGUGGCCAUGGCAACUUUCGCUAAGACGAGGAUCAUCUCACACGUGUGGAGCCUCGCUUAUUUCCCCUGAAUGGGCAGUAACCGCUGGACAUUGUGUAUCAAGGACUCAAGACGUUUCACGAUACUCGGUUGUCGCAGGGGCACACAACAGGAUYACCAGUGGAAAGGUAUACCGUCUGUCUAAAAUCAUCAUCCACGAGGACUACAAACACGUGUUUAACGACAUCGCUUUGCUCAAGUUUGAGAGCAAAGUCACUCUUGAUGACCAAGUGAGCACAAUUUGCUUACCAAAACAAGAUGACAGGAUACCAGCCGGUUCAAUGUGCUAUAUGACAGGUUGGGGAAGAUUCAGCGGCACCCAUCCUGGAGGCUCAAAACUUCUUAAGGAAACCAUUGCGCCAAUCAUCGGUCACCAACAGUGCAGGAAAAAGAACGGUGGUUCAGUCAAUGACAACACUAUGGUCUGUGCGGGCGGUGCAGGCAGUAGUGUAUGUAUGGGUGACAGCGGUGGACCGUUAUCGUGCGAGGAGAAUGGUAGAUGGGUAUUACGUGGUGCCGCGUCAUGGGUGACGUCAAAGCAAUGUCACGUGACUUCAUAUUCUGUCUACGCUAGAGUCAGUAGGUUUGUGGACUGGAUCAAUGCUAAAAUUAAAGGUGAUCCAGCGCCCAGCCAGGGACCACCAAGCCCACCUCCUCCACCAACCCCUCCCUCACCAAACACUCCAAAACCCCCACAACCUUCAACUCCAUCACCAGGGRACUGCAUUGAUAUAUGGGGCUCCAGAUGCAGAUUGUAUCAAAACUCUUGCCACAUGGAAUUUGUGAUGAAAGCUUGCAGGAAAACGUGUAAUACUUCUGAACUACAGCUGAGAGUUUCAUUGUMUUUCAACAUGAUAAUUGGACUAUUUUUGGCUCUUUGUCUAUCGGGCGUCACCUUGACUGACGCUUCGUGUGGCGUUAAGCCUCCCUCCUCACGUAUUGUUGGAGGCGGGGUAGCUAAGCCACAUUCGUGGCCAUGGCAACUUUCACUAAGACGAGGAUCAUCUCACACGUGUGGAGYCUCGCUUAUUUCCCCUGAAUGGGCAGUAACCGCUGGACAUUGYGUAUCAAGGACUCAAAACGUUAAAGAUUACACGGUUGCCGUAGGAGCUCACAACAGAUACAGCUCUGGUAGGAUAUACCGUCUGUCUAAAAUCAUCAUCCACGAGGACUACAAACACGUKUCUAACGACAUCGCCCUGAUCAAGUUUGACACCAAAGUUGAUCUUAAUGACAAAGUGGGUACAAUCUGUUUACCUGAACAAGAUGACAGGAUAUCAGCCGGUUCGAUGUGCUAUAUGACAGGCUGGGGAAGAUUCAGCGGCACUCAUCCCGCGGGCUCAACACUCCUUAAGGAAUCCAUUGCGCCAAUCAUCGGCCACCAACAGUGCAGGAAAAAGAACGGUGGUUCAGUCAAUGAAAACACUAUGGUCUGUGCGGGAGGUGCAGGUAGUAGUGUAUGUAUGGGUGACAGCGGUGGACCGUUGUCCUGCGAGGAGAAUGGUAGAUGGGUAUUACGUGGUGCCGCGUCAUGGGUGACGUCACAGGAGUGUCACGUGACUUCGUAUUCUGUCUAUGCUAGAGUCAGUAGGUUUGUGGACUGGAUCAACGCUAAGAUAAAAGGUUGUCGCGAUAAUUCCUCAAACUGUAAAUCAAUGAGCUGGCUCUGUCGUGUCAACCCAGAAAUAAAGAAACGAUGCAGCAAGACUUGCAAACAAUGUCGGCCUUGACUUGAAAAUCACAAGCAUCCAUUGAUCUUACUUCGUAAAGGUGCUUAAAUAACAAGAAUAAACAURUAAACCUGAUAAAAAGUUGUUCGUGGUGUAUU